AAGCUCCUCAAAGAAGAACCAUUACGCUCUCAGGCUGACUUCAUUUGUAGGGCUGCUCCUUCAUAGGGAAAUGUUUGUCACUUGUUAAAACCUUGUUAGAUUUAAGGCUUCCCAACCAGUUUAAAAAAUACAAUUGUUGAAGCAGUGGGCGUCUGUUGCAUUUGCUUCUCGUGCGCCGAAGAAAUGUGACUUUUGAAGCGCUCUUGGCAGGAACGGCACCUCCAGGAAUCCAGCAGCGCUCUCCCUGUUGGUGAUAGUGCGGGGAGGUUGUUUUUCAGUACCACGGACAGCUCCUGGCGGGCGGUACGCGCCUCAAACUUGAAACGGCAGAAACACUCGCUUCCCAUCUUUUACUCAUUCAUCUGACUCCAGUUUAAUCCACUUGUUUUGAGACUAACAAGACAAAAAGCACUGCGGAGGACAUGCGUUAGGUGUGCACUGUGUAUGCCCAGCACAACAGCUCUGGUAACGGAGGAUCCCCGCGCAGGCUGUAAUCUACAAACGCUCAGAAGAAGAGACGGACUAAAGGGGAUGGUGAUGAUGCUCUUCAUGGCCUCUGCUAGAAUAAAAACACCAGUGCUUUGAGAUUUUUUGGUGCUACUGCGCCUUUGAUAUUUUUGUCUUUUUCUCCAGUAGCACCAUCGUCAGCUCUGACCUGCCACUAAGCAGACUCCACAGGCAGGACUGUGUCAUUGUUUUGUCCGGGGAUAUGUCAUUGGGGAAAUCCCCCAUGUGGGGGGUGCGCCCCAUGUCCCGACCCCUGUGGCUGUCCCAUCUAAGCCUGCUCUGCUUGUGUGGAUCCCUCUUUACUCAAGCUACACACAGUCUGCCUGUGGUGGCUUACAACACAGACUCUAAGAAAGAGAUCACCCUGGAUGGAGAUCUGAUGAUCGGUGGCUUGUUUCCUGUGCAUCAAAAGGGUGAGGGGGUAGAAGACUGUGGCAAGAUUAAUUCACAGAGAGGGAUCCAGAGACUUGAGGCCAUGCUUCUGGCCUUGGAUGAAAUCAACAGGGAUGAGCGGAUCCUUCCGGGGAUCAGACUAGGAGCCCACAUACUAGACACCUGCUCCAAGGACACAUAUGCUUUAGAGCAAUCUCUGGAGUUUGUCAGAGCCUCCCUGACUAAAGUGGAUGACAGCGAGUACACAUGCCCUGACGGUUCCUAUGCUAUUCACGAUGAUGUCCCUCUUGCUAUCUCUGGCGUCAUAGGAGGCUCAUACAGUGAUGUCUCUAUCCAGGUGGCAAACCUCCUGCGACUUUUCCAAAUUCCACAAAUCAGCUAUGCUUCCACAAGUGCCAAGCUGAGUGACAAGACUCGCUAUGACUACUUUGCUCGCACUGUGCCCCCUGACUUCUACCAGGCCAAAGCCAUGGCAGAGAUCCUGCGUUAUUUCAAUUGGACCUACGUAUCAACUGUGGCCUCAGAAGGGGACUAUGGUGAGACUGGCAUUGAUGCCUUUCAGCAAGAAGCUCGUGCUCGACAAAUUUGUAUCGCCACAUCAGCCAAGGUGAGCCGAUCGAUGAGCCGCUGGAGUUAUGAGAACGUCAUCCGCUCCCUUCAGCAGAAGUCUAACGCCAAAGUGGUCAUCCUGUUCACUCGCAGCGAGGAUGCUCGGGAACUGCUGGUAGCGGCUAAUCGCAUGAACGUCAGCUUCACCUGGGUGGCUAGUGAUGGCUGGGGCGCACAGGAGAGUGUGGUGAGAGGAAGUGAAGCUGUGGCAGAUGGAGCAUUUACCAUUGAACUGGCUUCCUAUCAAAUCCCCAUCUUUAACCAAUACUUCACUUCUCUGCAUCCAUAUAACAACACCAGAAAUCCUUGGUUUAGAGAAUUUUGGGAAAACCAAUUCCAGUGCAGUCUACAUGAUCUGCUUUGUGGAAAACACUCACUCCGUGAAAUUCCAUUUCAGCCAGAAUCUAAGAUCAUGUUUGUAAUUAAUGCUGUCUAUGCCAUGGCUACUGCCUUGCACAACAUGAGACAAGCCUUGUGCCCUAACUCCACCAAGGUGUGUGAUGCUCUCAAACCUGGAAAUGGACGAAAGUUUUACAGAGACUACAUCCUGAAAGUCAAGUUUGAUGCACCUUUCCGCCCCCCUGACACAGAGAACGCAGUUCAAUUUGAUGCCUUUGGGGACAGUGUUGGCCGCUACAAUAUUUUCCACUACCACAAAGAGGAUGGCCGCUAUGUCUACCGCAAAGUUGGCUACUGGGCUCAGGGCUUGAUUUUAAACACCAGCCUGAUCCCAUGGGCUGGCCAAGUUGUACCAACAUCCCAGUGUAGUGACCCCUGCAGAAAAAAUGAAGUAAAAAGCAUGCAGCCUGGGGACGUGUGCUGCUGGAUAUGUAUCCCCUGCCAGCCAUAUCAGUACCUUCAAGACGAGUUUACUUGCGCUGACUGCAGCUUUGGAGAGUGGCCUUUGGCUAAUCUCACAGGUUGUUAUGAUCUACCUGAGGAGUACAUUCAUUGGGAAGAUGCCUGGGCCAUUGGACCUGUCACCAUUUCCUGUCUCGGGAUGAUGAGUACACUAUUUGUCAUUGGGCUCUUUCUUAAAAACAACGAUACACCUGUGGUAAAGGCCAGUGGACGUGAGCUUACUUACAUUCUUCUGCUGGGGGUGCUUAUGUGCUACAGCAUGACAUUCAUCUAUAUAGCCAAGCCUUCCACAGCAGUAUGCACGCUGCGCCGAUUAGGUUUAGGAACGUCAUUUGCAGUAUGCUACUCAGCCCUCCUCACCAAGACCAAUCGCAUUGCUCGGAUUUUCAGUGGAGUAAAGGAUGGUGCCCAGAGGCCUCGCUUUAUCAGCCCAGCAUCCCAGGUUGCCAUUUGUGGUGGUCUGAUCUCCUGCCAGCUGGUUGUGGUGGUGGUCUGGAUGUUGGUGGAGGCCCCAGGAGUGAGAAAAGAAGUGAGCCCUGAAAAGAGAGACAUAGUGACUCUCAAGUGUAACAGCAAGGACUCCAGCAUGCUCGUGUCUCUCACCUACAAUUGCAUACUCAUCAUCCUCUGUACAGUCUACGCCUUCAAGACCCGUAAAUGCCCUGAAAACUUCAACGAGGCCAAGUUUAUUGGGUUUACAAUGUACACCACCUGCAUCAUAUGGCUGGCUUUCCAACCCAUUUUCUAUGUCACUGCCAGCGACUACAGGGUGCAGACUACCACCAUGUGCAUCUCUGUCAGUCUCAGUGGGUCGGUUGUCCUGGGUUGCCUCUUUGCUCCAAAAAUCCACAUCAUCCUUUUCCAACCUCAGAAGAAUGUCUGCAACCUCCGGGUGGCCACCACCCGCUUCAGCGUCAACACUGGUCCGGCCUCCAGUUUUUCCCAAGCAUCAGCCUCCAAUGUUGUUCCAACAGUGUGUAAUGGACGAGAGGUGGUGGACUCCACAACAUCCUCCUUGUGAACAUUAGGCUGGGUUAUUUUCUUUUUGGCAAAUUCUUGUAAACAGAGUUAUAUAAUCACUAGUCCAGAAUCAGGUGUCUCAGAUAAGGAUGGGGUCAAACAUGCGACUAUCGUGACUUUGUUGUCCUCAAAGUGCUGUGAGUAAAAAUAUCCCAAUUUUGUCAUUUUGUUCUUUGACUCGUAGAAAUUUUGAAGGAAAUGCCAAUAAAGGAAAUGAUAGCUCCUGUUUUCUUUUUGGAGAUUCUACUUGCAACAAUUGAGUAAAUUAUAGUAAAUCUGUUCAAUGUAAUAUAUUCGAUACGUUUUUAAUGUAGAUUCUGGUGAACAGU